AUGCGUUAUAUGGAAUCCGCUCACAUAGAUACCAGUUAUGCCGAACAACUUCUCACACUAACUUAUCCCAUGAUUGGAAACUAUGGAGUUCCAAAUCCUUCAGAAAUUGAUUCACUAGGAUUGCCAAAGCAUUUCGAGAGCAGCCGUGUUUGGCCAGCGGCGUUGAUUGUAGACAAAAUAUGUCCUGAAAAUGAGCACAGCCAUUGGAAAGCCGUGGAGUCGCUGAGCUCAUUCUUGCAGAGGGCUGGCGUUCCAGGAUUGGCAGGUAUCGACGUAAGAAAACUUACAAAGAAAAUAAGGGAAGUAGGAACAAUGAAAGCUAAGAUAAUUAUUGAAAGCGACGAACCGUCGGCGUAUCCGUUUCGUGAUAUUAAUGAAAGCAACUUGGUGGCAGCCGUGUCACGAAAGUCACCACAGACGUUUGGUUCUGGUGCAAUUACCGUUCUAGCGGUGGAUUGCGGUAUGAAAAACAAUCAAAUUCGAUGUAUGGUGGAAAGAGGAGUGCGCGUGAAAGUUGUACCGUGGGAUCACCCAUUUGAAAAUGAAGCAUUUGACGGACUGUUCCUUUCAAACGGUCCUGGUGAUCCAGAAAGGUGUACUGAGCUGGUAAAUCGCUUGAGCGAAUUCCUGAAGAAGAAGACGAAGCCGGUGUUUGGUAUCUGCUUAGGUCAUCAGCUGUUAGCGCGUGCUGUUGGAGCUAAGACGUACAAGCUCAAAUACGGUAAUCGAGGUCACAAUCAACCGUGCACCCAUCAAGGCACUGGACAUUGCUUCAUCACAUCACAGAAUCACGGAUUUGCUGUAGACACAACGUCAUUGCCAGCCGGUUGGCGACCGUUAUUCACAAAUGAGAAUGACGGUACAAAUGAAGGCAUUAGGAUAUUCAACAGCAGUAUAUUUGAUUCCAGCGUGGACGAGUUGCUCACAUCGUCUAUCCGUUACGAUUCCUCCUACCGAAUACGCAAGCAGCGAAAGGUUCUCGUGCUCGGUUCUGGAGGCCUGACAAUUGGGCAAGCUGGAGAAUUUGACUACUCGGGAGCUCAGGCGCUAAAAGCGUUGAAGGAGGAAGGAAUUCGCACUGUCCUCAUCAAUCCAAAUGUAGCAACUGUGCAAACGUCCAAGGGUUUUGCAGACUUUACCUAUUUCUUGCCGAUUACAAAAGAAUACGUCACAGAUGUGAUCAAAAAGGAACGCCCAACCGGCAUUUUGUGUACAUUUGGCGGCCAGACUGCAUUGAAUUGUGCCAUCGACCUUUACAAAGAUGAUGUUUUCAAAAGCUACGAUGUUGAGGUCUUGGGCACACCAAUCCAGACCAUCAUGAACACGGAAGAUCGUGAGAGAUUCAACAUGGAAGUGAGAAGCAUUGGUGAGCAGGUGGCACCGAGUCAUGCCGCAACCACUUUAGAUGGCGCUGUAGAGGCAGCUGAAAAGAUUGGAUAUCCAGUGCUGGUUCGAGCUGCUUACGCUUUGGGCGGGCUCGGUUCAGGUUUUGCAACAAAUCGCGCUGAGCUUGUGGCGAUCGCUCAACAGGCACUUGCACAUUCAGAUCAAGUGCUAAUCGAUAAGAGUCUCAAGGGAUGGAAGGAGAUCGAAUAUGAAGUUGUUCGUGAUGCAUACGAUAACUGCGUUACUGUAUGUAACAUGGAAAAUAUCGAUCCUUUGGGUAUUCACACAGGAGAAUCUGUUGUGGUGAGAAUUUUGGAACUAUAUUUUGCUAAUUAA